AUGAGGCUCUUUAGACAUACUUCAAAGUAUUCUCUCCGACAGACGUUUGACCUUUUGACCUUUGCUCUUCUGGAGCUGAUACUCUUUUACGAAAUUGUUUGCUCUAAAAUACAGGCCGUCACCAACCUGACCAUCGGCUAUUCCCUCUUUACGGCGAAUCGCUGGAAUGCGCUCCAAGUGACACCAAUUACUCGAAUGGUGGGCCACAUAACCAAUUGCACCUUCGUCAAGCAUCAACAAGGCGUGAUUUUGGUGGAGAACAACCUGGCCGAUCGACUCCUCAGGUCGCCUAGCACCGUCUUGACGACAGCACCUCUCAUUGUUGACUAUCUUGUUCAAUAUAAUGACUUUCACGCAAAUACAGGACCAUAUGUAGUUCGAUUCGGACUCAGCAUCGGCUCGGAGGUGCAGCGUCUGAAGGUGGUUUAUAACCGGUUUCUGGACAACAGGUUAGCGCAUUUCAGAUCAACACCCGAAGCCUUUUCCACUCUUUUUAAAAAUAGCCAUCAAUUGUUUUGGAAUAUAAAGGUUUGCAAAUGA